AACACACCAACAUGUCAAUUUGUAUGGCGAGCCCUCCUCCCUAUGGUUGUGUGUUGUCUUCGUCUUUAAAUUGUUUUACCAACAAACUGGAAUUAUGUGUUCCUGAUGAAAUUUGUUAACAACUUGUGAAUGAAAUAUUGUCAUAUAUAUUAAUAUCACAAUGGCUACAGUGAAAAAUAACGGACCCAUAAUAGAUCCAGCUCUGUGCCGAUUCUGUCGAGCUAUAAAAAAAUGUAGAUUGUUGACUGCUGAGUACACUUGGAUGGAAAAGAAAGAAGUAUACGCAGAUAUGGUUAUGGAUUGCUUUGGAAUUGUUUUGUCACAUAUAGAUGAAGACAUGAAAGAUGCUGGGGUUUGUGCUACUUGCGUUGUAAGACUAAGAGAUGCUUGUGCAUUUAGACAUCAAGUGUUGCAGUGUGAAGAACUAUUCCUAAAUGCUAAGCUUGAAGAUAAAGAUGAGACGAAAAAAGAUGUUGCAUUAGAUGGCGUGGAAUUGAAAGCGGAGCCAAAAGAUGAUGUCAGUGAACAUAACUCAAUAGGUCCGGAGCCUCAGGAUGAUAGCAUGGCUGAUGAAUACUCCGCAGAUGAUAUAGAAGAUGUUAAACCAAAAAAGGAAGACAAUGAGAAAACAUCAAUAGCAUCAGAAGAUGAACCGAUGGAUGAUGACAGUGAUUAUUCUGUCUCAUCAUCGGAUUCUGACAAACCAAUCUUGAGAAAGAAGAAUGGAACUCGAAAGAAGAAGGAUAAAGCAAAUGGUGCACAGAAGAAGAAACAGAAGGGAAUCAAGAAACAAAAAGCUGGUACAAGUUCAAAGCAAUCGAUAAAGAAUAAAAAACCACCAGUGGAAAAGAAAAAUACCUACGAUAGAGAUCUAGAUUGUAUGUCUGAGGAAAAUUUAUUAACAAUCAUACAAUAUUCAUACGUCUGUCCAUUCAAAAACAGACGGAAUAACUAUUAUUGUUUCUACUGCAAGGAUUAUUAUCCAAAACCUGAAGAUUUACGUGAACAUACAGUAUCCCAUGAUACGAAACCAUUCCAAUUACUAAUGGGUUAUAAGAAAAUGCCCAAAAUCGAUAUAACUAGAAUCGAUUGUAAAUUAUGUUCGGUGAAAAUCGAUGAUUUAGGUAUGUUUAAACAACAUAUAGAUCAAGUUCACGGUAAGAAGAUAUAUUUCGAAGCGCCAGAUAAAAUGUUAUUAUACAAGUUAACGUGGAACGAUUUAGUUUGUGUUAUGUGCAGUGAUGUGUUUGAAGAUUUUAAUUCAUUAAAUACGCAUAUGGUGGAACAUUUUAGUAAUUAUACAUGUGAUGUAUGCGGUGUUUGUUUCCUUGAGAAGCCACGUUUGGAUGCACAUUUGAAACGGCAUAAGGACGAUGAGAGACAUACAUGUGAAGUGUGCGGUAAAGUGUUUAAAUCGAAUCAUUAUAAAGAUAUGCAUGUCGAUAUAGUACAUAAGAAGAAAGCUAUAAUAAGAUGUCCGAGGUGUGAUGAAUGUUUUAUGUCGUAUGCACUUAAAAAUAAACAUUUAACUGAAGCUCACGGACAAAAGAGAACAUAUCCGUGCAAUUUAUGUGAUAAAGUUUAUAAUAGACAGAAGACAUUGACUGAACAUCAGCGUAGGAAUCAUCAGAAAGUGUUAAAACAUCAAUGUGAAUAUUGCGAUCAAAGGUUUUAUUUGCCAUCAAGGUUGAAAGAACAUAUGGCAACUCACACAGGUGAAAGAAAUUUCCGCUGUGAGUAUUGUGAGAAGAGUUAUCCCAGAUUGAAGUCUUUGCAGUAUCACAUACGAACGCAUACAAAUGACAGAAGAUACAGAUGUCAUAUAUGUGGCCAAGCGUUCAUACAGAAUGCAAGUUUGAAAUCACAUAUAAAGAGUCAUCAUCCCGAAUGUGAUAUUGAGGGAUGUUAUUUCUAACAUUAUUAAGUAUUACAAGAUUCAAACUUUAUUGUUGCUCGGCUCGGAGCUAGAGAAUGUCUUGGACCUAUUGCGGGUGGAGAAUAACAUAAUGGUGUGCAGAUCUAUAUAUAUAAAAGAAAGUCGUG